AUGGGCAAUGGCAUCAAUGAAACAGAUCAACUAGCAUUGCUUGCAUUAAAAUCCCAAAUAACUGAUGAUCCCUUCAAGCUUUUCACCUCCUGGAAUGAUUCUGUCCAUUUCUGCCAGUGGAACGGUGUCACAUGUGGCCGCCGCCACCACCAGAGGGUGGUCCUGUUGGAUCUCUGGUCCCUGAAAUUGUCAGGCAACAUUUCACCGUAUAUAGUGGAAGUUGCAAACUUGAAGAACCUUGGUUACUUGAGUGUUUCCAGCAAUAUGUUAUCUGGUGAAAUUCCCGGCACUCUUGGCAGGUGUGUAAUGUUAGAAACACUAUAUAUGGAUGGUAACUUUUUUCAAGGAACCAUUCCUUCUACUUUGGCUUCUUUGAGAGUGCCAACAAAAGGUAUAUUUGCAAAUGCAAGUGCAAUUUCAGUCAAUGGGAAUAGCAAGCUUUGUGGAGGUGUACCUGAAUUACAGCUGUCCUUGUGCAACUCCAUACGGUCCCAAAAGAGGAGAUUGACUCUCGCUUCAAAAUUGGCAAUUUCUAUAUGUAGUGGGGUUUUAGGGGUAUCUUUUAUGUUGUCCAUUCUAUAUAUUUGUUGGUAUAGAAAGGCAGAAAAAGAUCUUUCUUCCGUUUCACUAAAAAAAUCACUCUUGAAAGUAUCUUAUCAAACUCUUCUCAAAGCUACUGAUGGAUUCUCUUCAGGAAAUUUAAUUGGUGUUAGUAGUUUUGGGUCUAUGUAUAGAGGAAUUCUUGAACAUGAUGGAACAAUUGUUGCCAUGAAGGUACUCAACCUCCGGUGUCCUGGGGCUUCCAAAAGUUUCUUAGCCAAGUGUAAGGCCUGGAGGAACAUUAAACAUCGCAAACUUGUUAAGGUACUGACCGCAUGUUCAGGUGUUGAUUAUCAAGGUAAUGAUUUUAAGGCCCUGGUUUAUGAUUUCAUGGUAAAUGGAAGUCUGGAGGACUGGUUGCAUCCAGUCACGGGACUGGAUUUGUUGCAUAAUGAACCAAAGAAACUAGGUCUUCAUCAGCGAUUAAACAUUUCUAUUGAAGUUGCGUGUGCAUUGGAUUAUCUUCACCAUGAUUACCAAACACCAAUAAUCCACUGUGAUCUGAAGCCAAGCAAUAUUCUUCUGAAUGAGGACAUGAUUGGUCAUGUAGGCGACUUUGGGUUAGCAAGAUUCUUGCAAGAAGCAAACCAUAACUUCAAUGCAAAGCAAGGAAGCUCAACAGGAGUUAGAGGAACUAUUGGAUACACUGCUCCAGAGUAUGGUAUGGGAAGCGAGGUGACAACAAAGGGAGAUGUGUAUAGUUAUGGGAUUCUCUUGUUAGAAAUGUUCAUGGGGAAGAGACCCACUGAUGAUAUGUUCAAAGAUAGUCUGAACCUUCAUAACUUCGUUAAAAUGGCUUUGCCUUAUCCAAUGGUAGAAGUUGCAGAUCCAAUGCUUCUUUGGGAAGUAGAAGAAAAAACUCUAGAUAUCAGAGUAAAAACCCAGGAGUUCUUGAUUUCGAUUUUGCAAAUUGGAGUAACUUGUUCUAGAGAGCUGUCGAAGGAAAGGAUGAACAUUAGUGAUGUUGUAGCUGGGUUGCAUUCUAUCAAGAGCAUUUUUCUUGCAACUGUACACUCAGAACAAAUUAUUUAA